AUGGGGGUCAGGGGUUACGACCGUUGGCCGGCCGUUGGCCACCCCCAAAGCCUCUUAAGAGGUGGCCGAAUCUGCGAGUGUGGCGUCUGCAAGUGUACAGACCCCAAGUUUCAAGGGCAGACUUGCGAGAUGUGUCAGACUUGCCUCGGGGUCUGGGCUGAGCAUAAAGAAUGUGUUCAGUGCAGAGCCUUCAAUAAAGGAGAAAAGAUAGACACAUGUGCACAGGAAUGCUCAUAUUUCAACAUUACCAAGGUAGAAAAUCGGGACAAAUUGCCCCCGCUAGGCCAGGUAGACCCCCUGUCCCAUCGUAAGGAGAAGGAUGUUGACGACUGCUGGUUCUAUUUCACAUACUCAGUGAGUGGGAACGGAGAAAUCACUGUUCAGGUCGUGGAGACUCCAGAGUGUCCCACUGGUCCAGACAUCAUCCCAGUUGUAGCUGGCGUGGUUGCAGGAAUUGUUCUUAUUGGCCUUGCAUUACUGCUAAUAGGGAAGCUUUUAAUGAUAAUUCAUGACAGAAGGGAAUUUGCUAAAUUUGAAAAGGAGAAAAUGAAUGCCAAAUGGGACACGGGUGAAAAUCCUAUUUAUAAGAGUGCCGUGACAACUGUGGUCAAUCCGAAGUGUGAGGGGAAAUAAGUACUACCUGUGCAAACUUCACAGCACCGAAUGCAAAAGUAGCAAUUUCCAUAGUCACAGUAAAAUAGCUUUAGGGCAAUAUUGCCAUGGUUUUACUCAUGUGCAGGUUUUGAAAAUGUACAAUAUGUAUAAUGAAAGAAAUUUUUUUAUUAUUUUGAAAAUAAUGUUAUAAUCCAUGCCACGGACUGACAACAGACUUGAGAAAGGAUGGUUAUCCUCGUCAGCUAAGGUUAUAUUGUGCCUUUUUGACCUUUUCUUCCUGGACUAUUGAAAUCAAGCUCUUAUUGGAUUAAGUGCCACUUCUACAAGCGGGUGAAAGGGCGGUAGUUAAAGUACUGAACACAAGGAGGGUUUCUAUUAAUCAUGCAUUGAAACUGAUUUUUAGCUUUACAAAUAUGUCAGUUUUCAGUUAUUCAGAAUCCAAAGUAAAUGUCCUGCUAGCUAGUUUAGGAUUGUUUUAAAUCUGUUAUUUUGCUAUUUGCCUAUUAGACGUGACUGACUGAUGAUAUGAAAGACAAGGAUGUUGGGAGUUACUGGUGUAAAAUAGUUUUAAAACAGUUGCUCUAUAAAGGCCAUGGGGAAAAGUUACAGUUAGGAAGGAAAAACAAAUAGCUUUAAAACCUGUGUGCCAUUUUAAGAGUUACUUAAUCUUUGGUAACUUUUAUGCCUUCUCUUUAUAAAUACAAGCCUUAGAUGAAAGUGCUGGGAAAUUUUCUGCUAAAGAAUCCUUGAUUUUAGCACUAUUUAUGUAAAGGCCAUAAUUUACAAAGUGUUUGCUAAAUGGGGACCUUUUAAGUUGAAUUUAUUUUAUUAUUUUUAUUUUGUUUAAUACCUGGUGCUUUUUAUCACCUCUCCUAAUUGUUCAAUGUAUUUGUUUGCAAUUUUGGGGUAAGACAUUUUUAUCAGGACUUUUUCUUUGAAGUUUUAGCUGUAAAUUUGCCUUUUUAAUGACCGUGUGAAGUUGUACUAUGGCCUAUGUAACAGCUGUCACUUACACAAGUCUUACUUUCAGUUAGUGCCUAACAAACCACUGUAUGUUUACUUUUCACUAUUCGAGUUCCCCAUCUUGUUUCAUACAAGUCACAUUCUUGUUUUAAGUGCCUUUUAACAGUUCACUUUUUACAAUGCUAUUUACUGAAGUUAUUUAUUAAAUAAAAAUGCCUAAAAUACUUCAA